CGUGCAGUCCUUCUUUCUCUCUCUGAUAAACAUCAGCUCCAUUCUCUUCAUAUCGUUCUUCAUCCUCUCCUCCCUCUGUGUCUCCGUCAGGACCUGGAGGUGCUGGAGUCUGUCCUGCACUCCCGGGCCCCGGACGGUGACCCUCAGGAGUGCUGGGAGACUCGGGGGGCUGUGAACUCCUCCACCCCCCGCUCAUCCUCCGCUCUGAGCCGGCAGGAGCGCAGCAGACAGCUGUGGGAGGACCUCGGCACUGGGGAGGAGGACUCGGGGAAACUGAACGCUCUGCAGCUCCGCCUGGACGAGUCCCAGAAGGUCCUGCUGAAGGAGAGAGAUGACAAGCUGGCUCUGAGUAAGAGCAUCGAGAGGCUGGAGGCUGACCUCACUCAGUGGAAGUUUAAAUAUGAGGAGCUCAGCAAGACCAAACAGGAGACCCUCAAACAGCUGAACCUGCUAAAAGAGAUGCAUCAGGAUGAACUGGGCCGCAUAUCUGAAGACCUGGAAGACGAGCUGGGGGCCCGGACCAGCAUGGACAAGAAACUAGCCGAGCUCCGGGCUGAGAUGGAGAGGCUGCAGGUGGAGAAUGCUGCAGAAUGGGGACGCAGGGAGCGCUUGGAGACGGACAAACUGGCCCUGGAGAGAGACAACAAGAAGCUGAGGGCCCAGGCUGAAGACCUGCAGGAGCAGCUGGCCAAGAAGCGGCGUCAGGCUGCCUCUGCACUCGACACCGACAUGAAGGCCAUCCAGAGCGAGCUGUUCGAGAGGAACAAGGAGCUCGCUGAUGUUCGCCAUGUUCAUGCUAAGCUGAAGAAGCAGUUCCAAGAGAAGAUGGUAGAACUGGCCCACGCCAACCGGAGGGUGGAGAGCCACGAGGCCGAAGUGAAGAAGCUCCGACUGAGGGUGGAGGAGCUGAAGAAAGAGUUGGGACAGGCGGAGGAUGAGUUGGAUGAGUCCCAUAACCAGACCAGGAAACUGCAGAGAUCUCUGGAUGAGCAGGUGGAGCAGACUGAGAACCUGCAGGUUCAAUUGGAACACUUACAGUCAAG